AUGGCGGAGCUCGAAGAUGAUCAUCGUUUAUACAAUGAGCUUACAGAAAGAUAUAAGUCAUAUCAAGAAACUUUUGCAUCAUUCAUGCGAAUCAAAACAACAGAAAUAAAUGAAAUUAAAAAAAUUUAUCAAACAAUUAAAACAAAUUUACUUGAUACGAAGAUAUUUUCACCAAAAAGGAUAUAUAGUUUGAUUUGUCUCAUUUAUAGAUAUAAUAACCGGUACUUAAAAUCAUAUUGGACAAUUUUCAAAUUACUUUAUGAAGAAUUCCACGUAAAACCAGAUUUUAGUGAUUAUAAAGUUUUGAAUUACUUCUUUCACAAAGAAUACAACUUGCCUGUUGAAUCAUUUUACAAAAAGCUUUUCCAAAAUUAUGAAGCUGAAAAUUAUUCAUUGGAUAUCCAUGAAAAGAAUACAAUCUACAGAUCUAUUAUGGAAGAUGAUGAAGCAUCUUUUGUCCGAUUCAUAGAAGAAGAAACAUUCAACAAAGAUCAACGUCUCAAAAAUGAAUUAUAUCCGGAAUAUAACGAUGGAUUGUCGCUUCUUGAAUUAUGCUGUUAUCAUGGAUCAAUUGGAUGUUUUAAGUUGUUAAGAACAAAAUUCAAAUCAGAAAUCACAGAGAGAUGUCUUAAAUUAUCAUUUUUAGGAGGAAAUCCUGGUAUCAUUCAUGAAUGUUUGAAAGAACAAGUACCAGAUGAAAAUUGUAUGAGAAACGCGAUUAUUUCAUUCAACGUUGAUUUCGUUUCUUUUUUAAAGAAUGAAUAUGAUAUUGAUAUUGAAUUAUAUGUUUGUGGACAAGUUCUAAAUCUUCAAGCUUUCUUUAUCAAUCUCGAUAUGACAAAAGAUUUUCAGAAGUGUUUUAUUUAUUCUCCUUGUUUUUCAAUUUUUUCACUUGUUGAGUAUUUAAUAUCAAAAUGUGAUGAAAUUAAUGCUCGAGGAGAUGACAGUUCAAAGGCUAUUCAUUUUGCAGCAUCACUUGAUUGCAAGGAAAUAUUAGAAUUUCUUAUUUUGAAUGGAGCUUUUAUUGAUUCUCGGCGUGAUGAUGGAACUACUGCGCUUCAUUUAGCUAUUCAUCAAAACAAUAAAGAAAUAGCAGAAUUCCUUAUUUUGCAUGGUGCUGACACUAAUGCUCAGCGCUCUGAUGGAUCCACUCCACUUCACUUAGCAGCAAGAUAUAACUGUAUAGAAAUAGCAAGACUCCUUAUUUCUAACAGUGCAAAUAUUGAUACCAAAGACAAUAUUGGAAGAAAUGCACUUCAUUUUGCAUCUUCCAUCAAUCAUAAAGAAAUAGUUGAGCUUCUUUUAUUACAUGGAGCAAAAAUUAAUGAAAAAGAACUUGUAAAAGGAUAUACUGCUCUUCAUUAUGCAUCACUUAACAAUAAUAUAGAAAUUGCGAAGCUUCUCAUUUUGCAUGGCGCAGACAUUAAUGCAAAAGAUGCAAAUGGACCCACGGCUCUUCAUUAUGCAUCACUUAACAAUAAUAUAGAAAUUGCGAAACUUCUUAUUUUGCAUGGUGCAAAUGUUAAUGAAACGGAUAAAAAUGGAAUGACCGUUCUUCACUAUGCAGCCGAAAAAGAUAACUUGCAAAUUGUUGAAUUACUUAUUUUACAUAAUGCAGAUAUUAAUGCAAAAGAUAUAAAUGGAACUACGGCACUUCAUUCUGCAUCUGGUUGUAAAAAUAAAGAAAUUUUAGAACUUCUUAUUUCACAUGGUGCAAAUCUCAAUGAAAAAGAUAAAAAUGGAUGUACUACUCUUCAUUAUGCAUCUAGUAAGAAAAAUAAAGAAAUCGUAGAAUUUCUAAUUGUACAUGGUGCUGCUGUCAAUGAAAAAGAUAAAAAUGGGAUGACAAUUCUUCACUAUGCAGCAGAAACCGAUGAUGAAUAUAUCGUGGAAUUAUUGAUUUUACAUGGUGCGGAUAUCAAUGUAAAUGAUAUUAAUGGAAACACCCCUCUCUUUUAUGCAAUAAUUCAUAACGAUAAAGGAUUAGUUGAACUUUUAGUUUCCCAUGGUGCAAAUAUUGAAGCUAAAAACAACAAAGGAAAGACCGCUCUUAUGGUAGCAGUUAUUCAACACUCUCAAGAAAUUGUCGAACUUCUUAUAUCACAUGGUGCUGAUAUUAAUUCAAAAGACAUAUAUGAAAAUACUGUUCUUCAUUUGGCAUUACUUAAUAAAAGUGAUGAAAUUUCAAAGUUAUUAAUUUUGCAUGGCGCUAAUGUUAACUCUAAAAAUUCUUCUGGAGGUACUCCCCUUCAUUUUGCCGCAGAUAAUAAUUGUAAAGAAAUUGUGGAGCUUCUUCUUGCCUCAGGUGCAAAUGUGGAUGAUAAAACCAUUUCCGGUCAUACUGCUCUUCAUAUUGCAGCACAGAAAGGUUAUAAAGAAAUAGCAGAAAUACUUAUUUUGCAUGGUGCAGAUCUAAAUGCUAAAAGCGCUGAUGGGACACCUCCUCUUUUUGCUGCAGCAGAUUUUGAAAAUAAAGAAAUAAUAGAACUUCUUAUAUCACAUAAUGCAAAUAUCAAUGACAAAAAUAAUAAAAAUGCUUCUGUUCUUCAUAUAGCAGCACGACAUAAUAACAAAGAAAUAAUGGAACUUCUUAUUUCGCAUUCAUCUGAUAUAAAUUCAAAAGACAUUGAUGGAUUUACGGCUCUUCAUUAUGCAUCUUAUCAUAAUUGCAAUCAAUUAAUAUCAACAUUGCUUUCUCAUGGUGUAUAUAUUGAUGAAAAGUGUAAUAAAGGAUUAACUGCUCUCCAUUGGGCUGCACUUAAUAAUUGUAAAGAAACCGUCAAUGAAUUAAUUUCACAUGGUGCCAAUAUUAAUGAAAAGGAUAUAAAUGGGUCGACAGCUCUUCAUUGUGCAUCAAAUAAAAACUGUCAAGAAAUUGCAGAAAUGUUAAUUUCACAUGGUGCCAAUGUUAAUGAAAGAGGUUUAAAUGGAUGGACAGCUCUUCAUUUUGCAUCACGAUACAAUUGUCCAGAAAUAGUAAUGAUGCUUCUUUCUAAUGGAGCAGAUAUUAACGCUAAAAACAAUGAUGGAGGCACUGCAAUCCAUUUAGCAACAGUCGGAAACCACAAAAACAUAUUAGAAUUGCUUAUUUCGCAUGGUGCCAAUGUAAAUGAAAAGAAAAAUAUUGGAUGGACUGCUCUUCAUAUUGCAUCUCAGAAAAACUAUCAAGAAGUUGCAGAAUUUCUUAUUUCACGAGGAGCGAAUGUUAAUGAAAAAGAUUUCGAUGGAACAACAUCUCUUCAAAUCACCGCAUUUUAUAAUAGUGUAUCGACGGCAGAAACUCUUAUUUCACAUGGUGCAAACAUCAACGAACAAGAUAAAGAUGGGAAAACUGCUCUUCAUUAUGGAGCAGAGAAAAACAGCAAAGAAGCAAUUGAAAUUCUUAUUUCACAUGGUGCAAACAUCAAUGGACAAGAUAAAGAUGGGAAGACUGUUUUUGAAUAUGCAAUCGAAAACAACAGCCAAGAAACAUUGGACUUUCUUAUUUCUCAUGUUUCAAAUUGA